GUGGGUGAGGGCGCGGGUUCCGGCCGCUCUCCGCGGCCUCUCCGAUCGAUUGAGCGAGCGGCGGCCGCUGGCGGAGGCUGAGCGCCGGGAGCUGUCCCUGGGCUCGGCCCGUCUCUCCCACUCCCUUCGCCCUGGUGUGUCUGAUUCCCCCGGAGCCGGCGGUAAUGGCGGCGACAGCGAUGGAGGGAAACGCGAGCCACCGAGCCGGGAUUAGUUCCCAGGAGCUGCUGCAAGAGAUGAAGGCCUUUCUCACUGGAAUUGACCCUGUGCACGGCCACAAACUGACAGUGAAGGAUCACGCUCGGUGUGGGAUCCUACUGCUGCGGAACCUGCCCCCAGCCCGGGGAGCUGUCCUGGAGCAUCUGCGCGGAGUCUUUGACGAAUAUGUCAGUGGCUACAUCCUGGAUCUUAACCACGAGGGAGGCGGUGGAGUGGGCGGUGGUCUGGGACCCCUGGGACGGCCUGGACUGGACGAUGUGACCCAGGAGAUCCAGAGCGUCCUGUCAGAGUUUGUGCACUCGAACCCCGAGGCCUGGGCUCCCCUGGUCUCCGCCUGGUCCAUCGACCUGAUGGGUCAGCUCAGCAGCAAGUACUCCGGACGGCACCAAGUCCCUCACGCCAGCAGCCUCAACGAGCUGCUCCAGCUCUGGAUGUCCUGCAAAGCAACCCGGGUCCUGAUGGAGAUCUACGUGCAGUGCCUGUCCUCCAUGAUCAGCAGCUGCCCUGACGCUUGUGUCGACGCCCUGCUGGACACCUCCGUCCAGCACUCGCCCCACUUUGACUGGGUGGUGGCCCACAUCGGCUCCUCGUUCCCCAACACCAUCAUCAGCCGGGUCCUGUCCUGCGGCCUGAAGGAUUUCUGCAUGCACGGGGCCUCCUCGGUGGUGGACCCCCUCUUCCCCUCCUUGGCGGACAAGCGUGUGCCCAAAGUGGCCUCGGUGGUGGGUAUCCUGGGGCACUUGGCCACUCGCCACUCGGACAGCAUCAAGCAGGAGCUGCUGCUGAUGUUCCACGAGAGUCUGGGCUCUCCCCGGGACCCCCAGCAGCACGCGACCGUCCCCUUCCUGCUGCAGCUGGCCGCCAUGUCCCCCAUGCUGCUCAGCACCGUCUCGGGGGAGCUCAUCGACUCCCUCAAGCCCCCCGUCCUGGACCAGCUCCACCAGCACUUUGCCGGACUGAGCCGGGACGACACGGAGAACCUGGUGGGGCUGGUGGUCCACCUGAUCUGUCAGACAGGCCCCGGGGCCUACCGCAUCCUGCAGUUCCUGGUCAACACGGCCAUGCCGGCCUCGGUCAUCACCACCCCGGGGCUGGCCGUGCGGGACAGUGUGAGGGAAGCCUGUCACCGCAUCAUCCAGCUGCUCCUGCUCAACCUGCAGAAGCUGGUGUACAACAGGCCCUCAGCCAGCCUGAGCGAGCCCCAGCCCCGGGCUAUUCCCUUCUUCGACGAGUUGAAGGGGAGGGUGAGGGACCUGUGCGUGGAGACCCUGAGGCUCGAGCGCAAACGCCACCUGUGGCAGCACCAGCUGCUGGGCCUUCUCUCCGUCUACUGCGGGCAGAGCUGCGCCACCGAGUCCCUGUGCCACCUGCUGGCCUUGGCCUCUUCCCCCGAGGAGCUGGCACUGGCUGUCCAGCUGUACGGGGGUCUGGCUGCCUCUAUGCCAGGGCUGCUGCCGGCCACCAUCAGGCGGUGUGUGACCCGCCUGCACUCGUCCAGCCUCCCCGAGGCCCAGGCCGCCCGCCUGAUGGUCAACCUGGCCACCCUGGUGCAGUGGGAGGGGCCGGAGGAAGAGGUGCCCUCCCCCAUCGGCGCCCGGCUGGCCGAGGCUCUGUCCUGGCACGUCCGGGACCUGGGCCAGCUCCUGCCGCACUCCGACCCCCAGGUCUCGGAGGCCGCGGCCCUGCUCCUCUCGGCCGUCCCCCUGCCGCCGGCCCUGAGCCCGGCCCAGCUGGCCGGCUUGGUGCGCUCGGCCGUCGGGCAGUUCCUGCUGGCGCUGCGGCGCGGCCGGGAGGCUGCGGCUUCGGACUGCGCCCGCCUGCUGACCCGCCUGAGCGCCGUGUCCCCGGCCGCUCUCCGCGCCGUCCUCCAGCAGCUGGUCAGGUCCGCCACGCACGGUGGCAGCGCCGGGCUGUUCGGCGGGCGGGCGCCGGGGGUGGCGUGGGCGCCGGGCGCUCCCCCCGCCGGCGCCGGCGACUCCUUGCUCGACGUCAACCGCAAGUUUGGCACGGCCGUCAACUUUGGCGGCAGCGUCUGGGCCGUGUUCCACGCCGGCGUGAUCGGCCGGGGGCUGAAACCGGCCUCCACCGUCACCGCGCCCGGACCCCAGGAGGCGGCGCACAACCUGUACCAGCUGCUGAGCCUGGUGGUGAGGUGUGGCAGCGGCGGCCGGCCCCUGGCCCAGCCUGACCCCAGCCUGACCCGGCAGGGGCCGCCGCCCAUCAACCCCGAAGCGGCCAAGGCUGUGGCCGUGGCGCUGGUGGAGGGUCUGUGCCCCGAUGUCACCAACAGCGAGCUGGCCUGGCCGCCGGAAGAUCACACCCGCAACACCGUGGAGCGAGACCUCCAGAUCCAGAACCGCUUCGAGGAAAACCCCCUGCUCUUCCUGCUGCUCCAGUUGGUGGCCCUGGGCCGACCCGCUCUCUGUUACUGCUCGGUGCUCCUUCGGGGGCUCCUGGCCACCCUCAUGGCCCACUGGGAGGCCUCGCGCCACUCCCUGACCACCAGCUCCCCCUGGCAGCUACAGGCGUCCUGCAGCCUGGUCUCCUGCAUGGGGGAGGGUCAGCUCCUGCCACCCGUGCUGAGCAACAUGCACGAGAUCUUCCACCUGCUCACUCCCUUUGAGGUCCAUCUCCUGCUUCUCAGCAUCUGGGACUACAUGAAAGACAAUGGCCCCCUGCCCCAGAAAUUCACCUUUGACCCCGAGCAGGGCCAGUUCUACCGGGACUUCUCACGGGAUGGCGACAUCAGCAAGUACCUGAAUGUCCUCCACAGCAUCCUGCACAAGAACAUUGACCACCUGGGACAUUUGUGUGGCCGCUUUCAGGUCUGACCGGGGAUCGAGCUUUAUGCCUUUCACUCUGCAGUCUCAGCGUGAGGGGGGUUUAACUGUUUUAACAGAAGAGACUAAAACUCACCUGACAGUCUCCAAAGCUGAUCACCCAACGGUGUCCGCCGCAUCCAAAUCCGAUUGGCCUACCUUCCGAACCGUCUGUCCCUUAAAGCACUGAUCUUUCCCGAGGCAAAGUUAGUGGAGCCGAAGAGGUGGACGCUUGAAGGGCGCGUUGGCUUAACAGUCCGGGAGCGGUAACAUUCUGGCUCCUCUGGUCCGCUGGAGACUCCUGUUUCGAUGCCACGGUUGCGAUUUUAAAAAAAAUAAUUAUUAUUUGUCCUCACUCUACGAGUCGCCGGUGUCAAUAGUUGCUCCGCACAACGCUGAAGGUGCCAGGUUUAAUGGGUUGUGGUGACAGCUGAGGUGCUGCCAAUGAACAAGAUUCCUCCUUUGGGCUGGUCCAGAUCCCCGAUCUGUUUCCAGUGGCUUUCUCCCUACACGUAGGGAAAUGCUGACCUUAUGGCCGGCAGCCAAGACAGGGUCGGCCUUUGGUGUGAAGCCCCACCCCCCCCCCCAAA